CUUGCUGAUUACAGCCCUAGGAAGCAUAUUUGAAUUGCUGCAGCAACGAAGUGGUUCAGUUCUCCUGUCCUUCCUUGGCUCAGCUUCCCUGGGUGCUCUCGGUGUGUGGCCCUCCGUGGUUAACCUCAGUGCAGCAGUGCCCUUCUGAGCUUAACCUUAAAAAUGAAUCCAGUCGUUUCGCAACCAACAUACGGUACAGCAGGUGCAACAGUUAGUGACUGGCAAACUGGGGUGUUUGACUGCUUUGACAACCUGGGAGUUUGUCUCUGUGGGUUUUUCUUUCCCCUGUGCCUCUCAUGUCAAAUUGCCUCUGACAUGAAUGAAUUCUGCCUGUGUGGAGCAAGUGUCGCCAUGAGGACCUUGUAUCGGACCCGAUACGGCAUCCCGGGAUCUAUCUGCGGUGAUUUCAUGAUGCUGGGAUGUUGCCCUUUAUGCACCCUUUGCCAACUUAAGCGAGAUAUUGAAAAAAGAAAAGCAAUGAAUACUUUAUAAAAGGCACUUGGUCAAAGUCACAUUUUGGUGAAAAAGCUGGAAUGAAAUACUGCAUCUAUUGAGUGCUAGUUCACCUCAUAUUUCUGAAACUAACCCAAAACUAAUCAAAUGACUUUAAAUGUCCUCAAAACACUUUUCCAGUUUCUUUUUAAUGAACUACAUUUCCAGUGCCCUUCUCUAAGAUGAUAGCCAUUAAAAUUAACUUCCUUAACAAUUCUUGUGUUUUUAUAUACUGCUUCAUGGAAAAUUACAAUAUGCUGCUUUAAAAUAUGAACCCAAGAUUGGCAAACAUUGUUAAAGUUGUGUGUUGGGUAUAUGGGGGUUCUUUAUACUGCUCUGCUUUUCUACCCUUACAUAUGUUUGAGAAUGUCCAUAAUAAAAAGUUUUUGAAAUGUUGCCAAGUAAAAGGCUACAAUA